GAGUCUGGAAGGGGAGCCGAGCCGGGCUGGGUUCGAGAGUGAGGGGCAGAAGCGGCUCCUUCAGUCCGGCUGAGGGGAAAGCGGGUCUUCCGAGGAGGAGCAGGUAUGUGGAGUAAAAGUGAAUUGCUAUCAACUUGAUCUUGAUCCGAAGUUAUAAAAUGCAGACCCAGAAAUGAGUCCUACUGAACUACCUUCUGGAAUGGCAACCUGAAAGAUCUUUUGAUACGCACAGACACUGUAACUCUUUCUUACCUCACUUCAUAAAUAAUGGAAAUGUCAGGCCAACAACACUGCUCUUGAAGAUAAGGUUUUGCAUUCCCUUCCCAUUGCUUGGAUAUGAGUGAUCACACACCACAGGAAGAAAAACACAAAUCCAGCAGAACUUCCUUAAAGUUUAAGGAAUCUGCAAGAAUUAUGCAGUCUGAUGACUAUUUUGCAAGAAAAUUUAAGGCUCUAAAUGGUAAUAUGGGCCCCCCUUCUUCUUUAAGCGCAACCAACAAAGGUGAAAGCAGCAACCCAGCCAAUGGUACCCCAGCUAUGCCUAAGAUGGGUGUCCGAGCCAGAGUAUCUGAAUGGCCUCCUAAGAAAGAUUGUACCAAGGAAUUAAGCAAAGCUACAUGGGAAAGUAGACCUCAAGUUAGUUAUGACGGUGCUGGGUCAGCAAAUGGUGACCAGAAUGAGGGGCAGCAAAAAGAACCCCUUGAUAUAGAAUUUGCAGAGGCAAAGUAUGCAUUAGGAGACAUUUUUCUCCAUUCACCACACAGAGGGCUUCACCCUAUAAGACAAAGAAGCAACAGUGAUGUUACAAUCAGUGACAUUGACACAGAGGAUGUACUAGACCAGAAUGCUGUUAAUCCAAAUACAGGAGCAUCUCUCCAUAGGGAAUAUGGAAGCACUUCAUCAAUUGACAGACAAGGUUUAUCUGGUGAGAAUUUUUUUGCAAUGCUUCGAGGCUACAGGGUGGAAAACUUUGAGCAUAAAACACACAUGCCAUUUGGAUUUCCUGAAUUUUUUCACUGCGAUCCCACAAUUUCUCCAAGUCUCCAUGCUGCAGCACAGAUAUCCAGAGGAGAAUUUGUAAGAAUUUCUGGACUUGACUACAUGGAUAGUGCCCUGCUAAUUGGCAGAGACCGGGACAAAUCUUUCAAAUGGAGAUUGAAGUCAGAAUCUGUAGAAACGUCACUCUUUAGAAAAUUGCGGACUGCUAAAAGUGAACAUGAAACUCUUAAAUUCUCAUCUGAACUAGAAGAAAGUAGACUUGAUAAAAAUGUUCAUCCUUGGAAUUGUCAGAAGUGUUUUGCACAUUAUGAUGUCCAGAGCAUUCUGUUUAACAUUAAUGAAGCAAUGGUUACCAGAAUUAAUGUGGGGAAAAGAAAAAAUAUAACCACUGGGGCAUCUGCUGCAUCACAAACUUCAACAGUAGCCGGACAGCUUGGAAGCUGUGAAUCUCCUAUGGGGAGUAAAGAGGAUCUCAAUUCAAAAGAGAACUUAGAUGCUGAUGAAGGUGAUGGGAAAAGUAAUGACCUAGUAUUGAGCUGUCCUUAUUUCAGGAAUGAAACUGGUGGGGAAGGUGAUAGGCGGAUUGCGCUCUCUAGGGCAAACUCAGCCUCUUUUUGUGCAGGAGAUAGUUGUUCUUUUGAGUCUUCGCUAAGUUCACAUUGCACGAAUGCCGGUGUUUCGGUGCUGGAAGUACCCAGGGAGAAUCAACCAAUCCACAGGGAGAAAGUGAAACGUUAUAUCAUCGAGCACAUUGAUCUUGGUGCAUAUUACUAUAGAAAGUUUUUCUAUGGAAAAGAGCAUCAAAACUACUUUGGAACAGAUGAAAAUUUAGGACCAGUAGCAGUCAGCAUCAGAAGGGAGAAGUUUGAAGAUGCAAAAGAGAAAGAAGGUUCACAGUUCAACUACCGUGUAGUGUUCAGAACAAGUGAGCUUACCACGUUGAGGGGAGCCAUUUUAGAAGAUGCUAUUCCAUCUACUGCUAGACAUGGCACAGCACGCGGUUUACCUCUUAAAGAAGUAUUGGAAUAUGUAAUACCAGAACUGAGCAUUCAGUGCCUACGGCAAGCUUCCAACUCACCCAAAGUUUCUGAGCAGCUGCUUAAACUUGACGAACAAGGGCUGAGUUUUCAGCACAAGAUUGGGAUCCUGUAUUGCAAAGCAGGCCAAAGCACUGAGGAGGAGAUGUAUAACAAUGAGACCGCAGGACCGGCUUUUGACGAAUUCCUUGAUCUCCUAGGUCAGAGAGUAUGGCUGAAAGGUUUCAAUAAAUACCGAGCUCAGCUAGACAAUAAAACCGAUUCAACUGGAACACAUUCCCUUUAUACUACCUACAAAGAUUACGAAAUAAUGUUUCAUGUGUCAACUAUGCUUCCAUAUAUGCCCAGUAACAGGCAACAGGAAAUAACUACGCCCUGCUUGGUCACUGAUCAGGACAUCCCUCUAGUUUUAGAGCGAGCAGGAGAUCCAAACACACAGCUUUUAAGGAAAAGGCACAUAGGAAAUGACAUUGUUACCAUUGUCUUCCAAGAGCCUGGAGCGCUUCCUUUUACUCCAAAAAAUAUCCGUUCUCAUUUUCAACAUGUGUUUGUCAUUGUUAAAGUCCACAACCCUUGCACUGAAAAUGUGUGCUAUAGUGUUGGAGUUUCAAGGUCAAAAGAUGUACCACCUUUUGGGCCACCAAUACCUAAAGGAGUGACUUUCCCUAAAUCAGCAGUUUUCCGGGACUUCCUUUUGGCCAAAGUUAUUAAUGCAGAAAAUGCAGCACACAAGUCAGAAAAAUUUCGAGCCAUGGCCACUAGAACACGGCAAGAGUACUUGAAAGAUCUUGCAGAAAACUUUGUUACUACCGCUACAGUAGACACGUCAGUCAAGUUUAGUUUUAUUACACUGGGAGCAAAGAAAAAAGAGAGAGUGAAACCAAGGAAGGAUGCCCACUUAUUCAGCAUUGGAGCAGUGAUAUGGAAUGUGAUAGCACGAGACUUUGGUCAGUCCCUUGACAUUGAAUGUCUUCUUGGUAUCUCAAAUGAGUUCAUCGUGUUGAUUGAAAAGGAAUCAAAGAAUGUUGUUUUCAACUGCUCCUGCAGAGAUGUUAUUGGAUGGACAUCUGGAUUAAUGAGUGUUAAAGUUUUUUAUGAAAGAGGAGAAUGUGUUCUUCUCUCAGCACUUGAUAACUGUGCUGAUGACAUCAGAGAAAUGGUUCAAAGACUGGAAAUAGUAACUAGAGGAUGUGAAACAACAGAAAUGACCUUAAGGAGAAAUGGCUUGGGACAGCUCGGAUUCCAUGUUAACUUUGAAGGGAUUGUAGCAGAUGUGGAGCCAUUUGGUUUUGCCUGGAAAGCUGGCCUACGUCAAGGCAGUCGCCUUGUGGAGAUCUGUAAAGUAGCUGUAGCAACCCUGACUCAUGAACAAAUGAUUGACCUGCUGCGCACUUCUGUGACUGUAAAGGUGGUGAUUAUCCAGCCACAUGAAGAUGGAUCACCUAGACGGGGUUGCUCAGAACUGUGUCGAAUUCCCAUGGUGGAGUACAAACUUGACAGCGAAGGCACCCCAUGUGAGUAUAAAACCCCUUUCAGGAGGAAUACUACUUGGCAUCGGGUGCCAGCUCCUGCAGGGCAGCCUCUUUCUCGUGCCUCUCCAAUCCUAGGAACAUCUGAUAGAUUGCAGUGCCAGCAGCUUCUCCAGCAGGCGCAAACAGCCAUUCCUCGCAGUACUUCAUUUGACAGAAAGCUGCCAGAUGGUGCAAGAAGUUCACCGAGCAACCAAUCAUCCUCCAGUGACCCAGGACCAAGUGGGAGUAGUCAGUGGAGACACCAAGUGGGAUAUGAUGGGUGCCAGUCCCCUUUACUUCAUGAUCACCAGGGUUCAGGUCCACUGGAGAGUGAAGGAGGCAGAGAACAUGAAGAAUCUUUGGAAGCGACCAGGCAUCCCAAUGAAACCAAGUGGCAUGCACCAUCAACCAAAGUCUUGAGUUCCUAUAAAGACCGCGCUUUACAGAAAGAGAACAGUGGCAAGGAUUCACCAAACAAAUUUUCUCAUAUUGGAGACAAAAACUGUUCCAGCCAUUCCAGCAGUAAUACCCUGUCAAGUAAUACAUCCAGCAACAGUGAUGAUAAGCACUUUGGCUCCGAAGACCUAAUGGACACUGACUUGCUUGGAUUAACAUACAUUAAAGGAGCUUCUACUGACAGUGGGAUUGAUACAGCUCCUUGUAUGCCUGCUCCAAUUUUGGCUCCUUUGCACCUGGCUGGAAGCCGGUCAGGGAUACAUAACCGGACUGAUCAGUGGGCUGAAUCAUCUGAAACUCCUGGACCAGAUGAUGAGACUAAAAUGUAUGCUGUUCACAGCUAUGCUUCUGCCAUUUCUAGCAGUCAUACAGGGGAUGGUAGCAUGGGAGACCUCAGUGAAAUAUCUUCACAUUCCAGCGGGUCACAUCAUUCAGGAAGUCCUUCAACACAUGGCCCUAAAAGCAGUGGAUCAUUAGAUACGUCCAAAGUGUACAUAGUGUCACAAAAUUGCAGUCAACAGAUCUCUGGCUCCAUAGCAAAAUGCUACCCUCGACAAGGAGCUAUAAGCAAAUAUGUCAUUGGCUGGAAAAAGUCAGAAGGUAGCCCUACACCUGAGGAGUCUGAAGCUUCGGAAUGCCAAGAAAUGUAUAGUGAUGUUGAGGGCCUAUCAUCAAGUCAGCUUCAGGCCUCUAUAAGGAAUACAGUUUCUGAAAGUCAGCGAGUCUUAUCAAAAGAAGAGUUUCUGAAGUUGAUGAUGCCAGACAACAUCUCAGUGGAGGAAGGCAGAAGAAAGUUUUCAUUUUACGGGAACCUAUCUCCAAGGAAGACGCUAUACCGCACUCUUUCUGAUGAGAGCAUAUGUAGCAAUCGGAGAGGAUCUUCAUAUGCUAGCUCGCGGAGCUCAAUGCUAGACCAAGCUUUGCCAAAUGAUAUUUUGUUCAGUACUACACCACCAUAUCACAGCACCUUACCUCCUAGAACAAGCUUAACCACUGGUACUGGACACCUACGACAUGAGUUUUGGUUCUCAGACGGGUCUUUAUCUGACAAAUCAAGAUUCAAUGAUCCUGGGUUGAUGCCCCUUCCAGAUACAGCAACAGGAUUAGACUGGACUCACCUUGUAGAUGCUGCACAAGCAUUUGAAGAUUUUGACUCUGACGAAGAACUUGGGCCAGUCUGUCAUCACACUCCGUUUCUAGAUCAAAGGGUUGCAUCUUUUUGCACCUUGAAUGACAUGCAGCAUGUGCAAAGCUUGGAGAGUAAUCAAGCCUUGGGCGCAAGUCCAACAAAUGGAAAGGACUUCAUUGACACUACUGGGGAGGACAGCCCUACUACAUUGACUGGAAAAGUAAACCAGCUGGAAGUGAUCCUCCGACAGUUGCAAACUGAUCUUCGGAAGGAAAAACAAGACAAAGCUGUUCUCCAAGCUGAAGUCCAACAUUUGAGACAAGAUAACAUGAGACUUCAGGAAGAAUCUCAAACAGCAGCUGCUCAACUAAGAAAAUUUACAGAAUGGUUUUUCAAUACAAUAGACAAGAAAUCCUAAUAUCAAAGUCCCUGUAAAAGCACAGUUGAAGCCACAUAACACCAGUAACUUUUGAAGUAGCCUAAUAUAAUUUCACUGUGUCCACAAUCCAUUUUACAUUUUCUGCUGUAAUCUCUGCCCAGCCCCAGGCUACUGACAGUAAGAAAUUAUCUUCAUAUUCAUCUGAAGAAAACAGAGAAUGAAUAGCAGACGUUUGUUUUUGUGAAGAUGAAUGUACAAUUCCUGGUGUCAUUUUAGACAUUUUAGAGUAUACUUCUGACUUGGGAUUGCCUGAAGAAGAAUAAAUUGGGGUUUAUCUUCGGUACUUCAGCUGAAGAUGCUAAAGCAAUUUAUGGUAGCUUGGGUUUCAGUAUUGUAAGAUAAAUAAUAAUAAUAAUAAUAAACUAGACAUAUACUUUCAUGUUUAAAGGUGCUCUAUUUUUUGUAUGUACAGUAGAUAUUUCCACAGUCACAUUGUCAUAGCAAUAAGAAUGGAAGUAGAAUUGAAUAGUCACAAAACUGUGUUUAUAAAAAUUAGCACUGAGGUGUUUAACACUAGUUUGGAUGCAGAUAUAUUAGGGGUUAUUUAUUUGCAGAAAAAAUGGUGCCUGAAUUUAAGCAGUGUUCUGAUUUUUCUUAAAAAAAUAAAUACACAUGCCUUGUAAAUGGCUCACUUGAAUCAGUUCACUCCAAUGUCAGUUCCUUUUGUAUAGUUCAUGUUCAGCUAAGAUUGUUCUAGAGAAACUAACUAUUGAAACCAUAUGUGGUGCAAGCCAGCCAAUCAUUUGUAUAAUGCCAGAUUUGUUUAUCUUUGUACAGAAGCUUUGAGCGAGUGACUUAUAUUUAACACCUUUAUUUAAGCUUAUUUAACCUGUUAAUUUUAUAAAGCUUUUGUUUUAUCUGCACUAUGGUGGGGACAGUGGAUUGCAAGCUACAAUGUGUGUUUAGCUUGCCAAAAUGGCACUGCAGAGUUCUAGAAAAUUCUAACUAUUGGAUGCUGCUAGUACACAAUUUGUGUAAGUAUACUUUAACAUUUUUAACUGUUUCAUUUGAAAUGAACAUACAUUUUGCUUUUUUAAUAAAUGUUAAAAAUGUGAACCACAA